GGGGUGGAGUCAGCAGCAGCAGCUUCAGUGCGUGAGCUCAGCACUUUGAUUUCUGUUCCUCCCUAUUCCGCUAUCGGAGAGACCUUUAUCUGGGGAACGUGGAAUGAAAACAGACAACAUAUAGCAAUAGUACCUACACGCUGCGUCGCUUUAUAUCGAUAGAAGAGCAAAUAUACGAAAGCAUGGGGGUCUACGAGGAGAAAAAGGAAACAUGUGGAACCAUCUGCCUGAAAUACCUCCUGUUUAGUUUCAACUUUCUCUUUUGGUUGGCAGGGGGCGUUGUGAUGGCGGUGGGUGUUUGGACCUUGGUUGAGAAGAGCGACUACAUCAGCCUUCUCUCCUCCAAGACCUACGCAGCCUCCGCCUACAUACUGGUCCUCGCUGGAGCCAUCGUCAUGGUAACAGGCGUGCUGGGCUGCUGUGCCACCUUCAAGGAGCAGAGGAGGCUACUGCGAGUGUACUUUGUCCUGCUGCUGUGUAUCUUCCUGUUGGAGAUCCUGGCUGGCAUCCUGGCUUAUAUCUACUACCAGCAGUUGAAUGAGGAGCUGAAGCAGAACCUGAGGGAGACCAUGACCCAGAAGUAUCAACAGAGCAGCCAUGAGCACAUCACCAGGGCUGUGGACAAGCUGCAGCAGGAGUUCAAGUGCUGUGGCAGCAACAGUUCCUCCGACUGGGAGGCGAGCGUCUGGAUCCGCUCCAUCUACGCAAAAGGCAGGAAGGUGCCUGACAGCUGCUGCAAGACGCCCACCGAGCUCUGCGGCCUCAGGGACCACCCAUCCAACAUCUACAAGGUGGAGGGUGGCUGCAUCACCAAACUGGAGAAAUUCAUCCUGGACCAUCUGAAGAUCAUCGGAGCGGUGGGUGUUGGGAUCGCCUGUGUACAGGUCAUAGGGAUGGUGUUUACAUGCUGCCUAUAUCGCAGUCUAAAGGCAGAGCCGUAUUAGGAGAAGCAGCAGAAGAAGAAGAAGAAGAACAGUGUGUGGAUGAGGGAGGUAACUUCAUCACCGCAUGCCAUACCCAAAUAGCCCAUAGGUUCUUUUUCUUUGCUUUGCAAAUUUGGCAAGCGAUCACAUUUCACAUCUGAGGAUCUCAUUUUGGUAAACAAAGGGUGGAAAAACACCCCAAGGUUUCUUGAAGUAAUUAGGCUCUCAAAUUGCAGUCUGAGCUCCAUCUUGAAGAUCACAGUGCUGCGAGAAAAAGCCUCAGAGAGAAACCGAUGGGAAUUUUAACACCGGUUGUGGAAAUCAGUGUGGGACUCACUCCCUGGGACUAAAGCAUUGUAGUUUUCUCCUACCCCGAUUCCCUCAAUGUACGUUUGUUUGUGGACCAGGUGCUGCAGCCCGGAGGGCUGUAAAGAUCUGUGGAGGGAAACUGGCACUUUGCAGAAAAUGUUCCUCCUGGUCACAGCAGCUUUCCUUUCCGAGCAGCGAGGUUUAACAAGCCGAACUCCUUCAACUGCAAAAGCAUUUUGUUACCACGUUAACUAGCCAGUCAUGCAUUUUAAAUAUUCAGUCGAUUGUGGCCUUUUAAACUUUAGAACUAUUUACUUUUUAUACUUUGUAAUGGAUUACUCUCUGUAACACUUGAGGUGCUUUCUUACGAGCUAUUAUUUUUGCCUAAUCUGUCUUCAUAGUACAUGUCGGUGUUUGAUCAUUUCUUUACUCAAAUCAUCACGCGUGUGACAUUCAUGAAUCCCGAUAUGCCUUCCAUGUGGUGUAAUACCAUUUAUUUCUGUAUGAGCCUCUGUUAUCUUGUUCCAAAUGCAUGCAUACAGCAGUCCCACUGAUAUUGAUCAUAAGAGUGCCUCAUGUUUGCUUCUUUUUUAUAUAAGGGAUUAAUCCACUGAUGCCAAAACUGUCAAGCAUAACUUUGUGUAAGGAUCUACUGUAUCUCUUCCAGCCUUAUUCACGUUUCUACUGAUGUCUCUCUUUUUAGAUUGUUCUCAUAAAUGAAGAUUUUGUUUAGUUUUCUAUAGACCAUGAAUAUAUUAUUGUAUUUAACACAUUGGUAGGAAAUGAUAGUCACUCACUGUUGGCAAUGAUCUUUUCCUUUGUGCCUCAAAAACGACACUAAAUGGAUCUGCUGUAUUUCUGUCUUGAUAAUCCAGGAAUUAUUCUAGUUUGAAUAAACAUUGAUCACUAAUAACA